AGAAGAAGUUAAGGAGUUGCAUAUGGUUGUAAUUUUUUUUGUUUGCAGUGUAGAAUUACAGAAGGUGGACACUAGUCAUUCACAUAGUUGGUGCUCGAUUGAAUGCUCCAUAGUUGGUGCUCGAUUGAAUGCUCCAUAGUUGGUGCUCGAUUGAAAGCCAUCCCGGAAUAUGAAUGCAUUGACUGCUUUACAAUGGAUAAGUUGCUAUGGUCUGUGAGUGUACACGCAACCGUAAGCGGAAGCUUUCCAAGAGCUGAACAGUCCAGUACAAGUUGUACUGAAAGAAAUUCUUCGCAUUCCAACAAUCUAUGGCGUAUUGGUAAUAGGAGAGGAGAGAGGACUUUUUUAAAGGCACAAUCUCACUCGACCAGAUUUUACCACAGACCACUCCCCAAGAACCUUCGUUAUCCACGGCGGCCCAAGCUCCCUCCAGACCUUGAUUUUGGGUAUCGCGGAGUCAUUGAGAACGACUACAGGUCCCCUCCGAACCCAACCCAGGGUGACACUCCUUAUGAGAUUAUCGCAACUCAAGACCAUCCUCGAGACAACCCAAUCAGCAAUGAUGAUGAUAACCUAGAAGAGGAGGGAGAAGAACAACAAAGAAACCAUGAGCUAGAAUCCGGCGAUGGAAUAGAAUGGGAAUCCGAUGAAAUUGACGCCAUUUCAUCGCUUUUCAGAGGGAGGAUUCCUCAGAAGCCCGGAAAUUUGGAAAGGAAAAGACCUCUCCCUCUCCCUUUGCCUCACAAAAUUCGACCCAUUGGGCUUCCCUCACCAAAAAGAUUCCCUGCAACAAAUAACGUUUCCUCUGCAAGGAAAUCCAUGACAAAUAGGCUGUACAAGGAGCCAAGUUUCUUGCUUCGAUUGGCUAAAGAUAUAAAGUGUCUUUCAGCAGAGGAGAAUGUAUCUGUAGUUCUCCGAAAAUGGGCCCCAUUUCUUAGAAAGGGUUCCUUGUCCCUGACCAUCCGUGAGUUGGGUCAUUUUGGCCUCCCAGCCCGAGCGCUACAGACAUUCUGCUGGGCACAGAAGCAUCCUCAUCUAUUCCCGGAUGACCGGAUUCUUGCUUCUACCAUUGAGGUGUUGGCUAGGUCACAGGAGCUAAAAAUUCCUGUAGAUUUGAAUAAGUUCAUCAGCUUGUCUAGCCUUAGUGUGUUUGAGGCAUUGCUUAGGGGGUGCAUUAAAGGAGGAAGCUCGAAACUUGCAUUGAAGUUUCUCCUGUCUGCGAAUGAUCGCAGAAGAAUGCUGGACACUGGGGUGUAUGCUAAACUUAUUUUGGAAUUUGGUAAGAAUAGCGACACCAAUAGCACAAUGAUAUUGCAGUUGCUAGAGGAUCUUGCAGAAAGAGAUGAUCUUGAUUUGAAACCACAAGACUGUACGGCUAUCAUGAAAGUGUGCUCACAGUUGGGAAAAUUUGAAUUGGUAGAGCAAUUAUAUAACUGGUUCAAGAUGACUGGGCGUGACCCCAGUGUGGUCAUGUACACUACCCUGAUUCACAGUCAUUACUUGUCAAAUAGAUACCGUGAGUCUUUGGCAGUUGUUUGGGAAAUGGAAGCUGCAAAUUGCCUUUUUGAUCUUCCAGCUUAUAGGGUAGUAAUAAAGCUCUUUGUUGCUCUGAAUGAUCUUUCAAGGGCUUCACGCUAUUUCUCUAAACUAAAGGAGGCUGGUUUCGCCCCGACUUUUGACAUAUAUCGGGACAUGAUAAAGAUCUAUACCUCUUCCGGGAGGCUGGCUAAGUGUCAAGAGAUCUCAAGGGAGGCACAGAUGGCCGGAUUCAAGUGGGGCAAGAAGAUAAUGCGGUUGCAACAGAAACAGUGAUUACUUGACAUUCUACCCUACAUUUGUACGUGCUUGCAUCAGUAUGCAGAAACACUGAUGUGCAUGUUAGAGCAGCCAUCGCUACUUUCCCUCUUGGCAUCACUGUUCUGUUAAUGGUUAGAGAGAGCAGCUCCCUACAUUUUCAUUUCAAAUAAAAUUAAUUGCUGCUUCUUUGCUAAAAAAAUACUUUCGGUAUGUAACUGAGUAGCCAUUAACUUGAAUUCCACUGUGGCCAGCAAAGUAGAGAUAAAUGAAUACGAGUAUUUACGUUAUUUACUGUUUUAUUUCUUUUUUUUUUUUU